AUGCGGAGAUGCAUGGAAGAAAGUGAAAUGAAGUCGUCGCCUACUUUAAUGGGUAAAUCAUACUGCCUAGUCCCAAAUCGAUUAACAAAAGAUAAUAGACUAGUGCAUGUUGUAGAAGAAGAAAUACAGGAUAUAGAUGUUGAUCGUAUUAAAUUAGCCGUAGAAAGAUUAUCAGACAGUGGAGAAUUGAUAGCUGAUUGUAGCAGACCAUACACACUUCCUGUUAUAUGUGGUAAACAUAAAGAUCUCAAAUCAAUACACCUCAAACUAAUUGACCAACUUACAGAUCUAUUCGGCGGAGAGUAUAACCAAUUUCAUACUAGCUUCACAAUCAUCGACUGUAGAUAUCCAUAUGAAUAUAACGGAGGACACAUUCAAGGCGCAGUUAAUAUUUAUACCAAACAAUUACGCUACAUGAGAUCACAAGAUCGUGUGUUAAACUCUCAAAACUAUCCAAGACUAUACUACCCAGAAGUCUAUAUUCUACAUGGAGGCUACGAACAUAAUCAGUUGGAAUAG